AUGCAGGGACUUGGAAGAGACCGGAAGAAGAAGAGAAUUUCUUGCAUGAGUUCAGCAGCAUUAACCCUGCAGAGUGAAGCUGGGAGACUGGACUACAGUUUGUCAGCAUCAAUUGACAGGUCGGAAUCCACUUCAUGCUCACUGGUGUCAUUUGGGAAUAACCCGUUUACAGCUGCCACAGGGGCUGCUCGGCCAGGAGGACCUGACAUGAAUUAUCUGGAGCCUGAUCUUUUCCAGUAUUCUGAUACACAAGGUACCAGAAGCUUCAGAGAAGAAAUUGCCAAAUUUCUGACUCACUGUGCCAGAGCUGCAAAAACACUGAAUCUGGAACAUAUAACUGUUAUGAAUGGCUGUUGUGCUGUUUUUGCUACUCUGUCAACUGUGUUAUGUGACCCCGCUGAUGGGUAUCUUAUUCCAGCUCCAUACUACGGUGGUAUAAAUUUGAAAACGUGGCUAUACGGUGGAAUACAGCCUGUUCACGUGCCCUUGUUCAGUGAGGUGACUGACAAAGAAAAUCACCCUUUCCAGUUAACAGGAAAAUUGGAAGAUGCGUUACAGACAGCUAAAAAGCAGGAUAUUAUUGCUUGUCACAUGCUCAAAAGCUCAGGAGAACUCUAUGUGUGGGCAGACUUCAGAAAAUUCUUAAAAUCCCAGACAUUUGAAGCCGAACUUGAAUUGUGGCAGAAGCUCCUUGAUAAAAAGCUCCUGAUUAGUCCUGGAAAAGCUUUUUAUUGUUAUGAACCUGGAUGGUUUAGACUGGUUUUCUCCGAUUCUGUAGAUAAGAUUUACUUGCGUAUUCAGAUACCUGAGCAAACGUUGCAUAGUUAUGCUGCUGAGCCAGUCACAAACAACACAUCUUCUGCUGCAGAUGCUUCAUGCAAUCCAGAAAAAGAUUGUUCGGGCAAACCUUCAAACACACCAGGAAAAGAUGUCUCCCAACUAAAAAAUGUACUUGUUUAUUAA